AUGAGGUUCAUCCUGUUUUUGGGUGCACUGUUUGGGCACAUCUACUGUCGAGAAACAUUUGUGGGAGACCAGGUUCUUGAGAUCACACCAAGCAAUGAAGAACAAAUGAAGAGUCUGGUGCAGCUGGAGGCUGAAGAGCAUCUCCAGCUGGACUUUUGGAAACCAGUGACCAUACCAGGGGCAAGAGCCCACGUCCGUGUCCCCUUCGGCAGCGUGCAGGCUGUCAAAGCUUUCCUGGAGUCCCAAGGAAUUGCUUAUUCCAUCAUGAUUGAAGAUGUUCAGGUGCUGUUGGACAAAGAGGAUGAAGAAAUGCUACAGAAUCGGAGAAGAGAACGCAACGGGAACUUCAACUUUGGGGCCUACCAUACCUUGGAAGAGAUUUCCCAAGAAAUGGACAACAUCGUGGCCGAGCACCCUGGGCUAGUGAGCAAAGUGCGCGUUGGGGCUUCCUUUGAAAACCGGACCUUGACCGCACUCAAGUUCAGCACUGGAGGUGACAAGCCAGCCAUCUGGCUGGACGCGGGGAUCCAUGCGCGAGAGUGGGUUACCCAAGCUACCGCACUCUGGACAGCAAAUAAGAUUGCCUCCGACUAUGGAAGGGAUCCAUCCAUCACUUCCAUUCUGGACGCCGUCGAUGUCUUCCUGUUGCCGGUAACCAACCCCGAUGGAUAUGUGUUCUCGCAAACCCACAAUCGCAUGUGGCGCAAGACGCGGUCCAAGGUGUCUGGAAGCCUUUGUGUCGGAGUGGAUCCUAACCGGAACUGGGACGCAGGAUUCGGAGGCCCUGGAGCCAGUGCCAGCCCUUGCUCUGAUUCGUACCGCGGAUCCAGGGCCAACUCCGAAGUCGAAGUGAAAUCCAUAGUGGACUUCAUCCAGAAUCAUGGGAAAGUCAAGGCCUUCAUCACCCUUCACAGCUACUCCCAGCUGUUGAUGUUCCCCUACGGGUACAAGUGUACCAAACCCGAGCACUUUGAUGAGCUGAAUGACGUAGCCCAAAAGGCUGCCCAGUCGCUUGCGAGCCUGCACGGCACCAAGUAUGAAGUAGGACCCAUCUGCUCAGCCAUUUACCAAGCCAGCGGCGGAAGCAUUGACUGGUCCUAUGAUUCUGGCAUCAAAUACUCCUUUGCCUUCGAGCUGAGAGACACGGGCCGCUACGGCUUCCUCCUGCCAGCCUCGCAGAUCCUGCCCACGGCCGAAGAGACCUGGCUUGGCCUGGAGACCAUCAUGGGGCAUGUCCGGGACCAUCCUUAUUAG